CUAAUCGCCGUAUGUUUAUGCUCUGUGAGCCAAAGUAAGGAUAUCGCUGAAAGUCCUCCCCAAUUUGAUCCGGAAACACACGAUUAUGCAGGAGAAAUUAGUCAAGGUCCGUACAAGCAACACAAAGCGAAUCAGCUAAUCGCAUUCGUCACUGCAUUGGAGGAAAGACAGGGUUUUUUACUUGGAAGCGGCAGCAAAGUGUUAAAAAUCGACGUUAUCGCCGUUAACAACGAUUACAGAGGAAAAGGUUUAGGUAAGGAGUUGACUCGGCGGGCAAUAGAGACAGCGAAGGCUGCAGGAUGCAAUUGGGUCGCAACUGCAGCCACUGCAUCUGCGUCUCAAGGAGUAUUUUCACGGGUAAAUUAG